UAACCCCACAGUCACCAUGGGGUACUCUGUUCACAACGUUGAUAUCAGCAAACCGCUCGCCCAACAAACCGAUUUGCCAUUUGUCCAUUAUAGUUGAAACUGGGAUUCAUCCAUGAAGAGCACACUUCUCCAACGUGCCAGUUGCCAUUGAAGGUGAGCAUUUGCUCACUGAAGUCCGUUACGACACCGAACUGCAUUCAGGUCAAGACCCUGGUGAGGAUGACGAGCACGCAGAUGAGCUUCCCUGAGACAGUUUGUGCAGAGAUUUUUCGGUUGUGCAAACCCACAGUUUCAUCGGUGGCUGGUCUCAGCCUUUUCCGCAGGUAAAGAAGGUGGAUUUUGAGGUCCUGGACUGGCGUGGUUACACAUGGUCUGUAGUUGUGAGGCUGGUUGGAGGCUGGGGGCUUAUGGUAGAGAAAGGAACAUUACAUCCUCUGGCGGACAUUUCCAAUGAUGAACUACUGUAUCUGUCAUGAAAUGGGUGUCAUCUCAAAUUCACAUCUACAGACAUACUUAGAUAUACUGUAUAAUAUUGUACUGAAAUCCAAAAUAUUGAUGGAAUGAUUAUAUCAUAAUUUGCUUGUCAUCAACCCUGCCUAUCUGUCGAGAAUCGAGAAAAAGGAGGAAGCUUCUGAGAAUGGCUGGGCCCUCCAACUGCACUCAUGACUCUUACAGCUGAGAAUUCAACCAAAUGUAAAGGCCAGCAUUUAACGCAAAAACAUAGCAGUGCAUUGUUUCAUUUGAUGUUGAAUUCAAAUUCUUUCCACAUCUCCCUUUUUGUCUCUUUCUGUCUGUUCUCUCUUUCCUCCUCCCACUUUCUCCAUACCUCCAUUUCUCUCUGGCCACCCAGGUGACUGUCUCUGUGGAUGGGAUCUUGUCCACCACCGGCUACACCCAGGAGGACUACACCAUGCUGGGCUCUGAUGACUUCUUCUACAUUGGGGGGAGUCCCAACACGGCUGACCUCCCUGGCUCCCCAGUCAGCAAUAACUUCAUGGGCUGUCUCAAAGACGUGGUUUACAAGAACAAUGAGUUCAGACUGGAGCUGUCUCGUCUGGCUGCAGAGCGGGACCCUCAGGUCAGUGUUCACGGUGAUCUGACCUUCCGCUGUGAGGAUGUGGCGGCCCUGGAGCCAGUCACCUUCGACACGCCCGCCUCCUACCUCACCCUGCCCAGGUGGAACACCAAGAAGACCGGCUCCAUCUCCUUUGACUUCCGGACCACGGAGCCCAGCGGCCUGCUGCUGUUCAGCCACGGGGACAGACGUCUGCAGGACCUAGACAGACAGCCAGACAGGCAGGCCAGGGCUCAUUACUUUGCCAUGGAGCUAAUGGACGGCUUUCUCUACCUGGUGAUGGACAUGGGCUCUGGCAGCAUCAAGAUGAAGGCUAGCAACAAGAGGGUCAACGAUGGGGAGUGGUGCCACGUGGACUUCCAGAGGGAGGGGCGUAAAGGCUCCAUCUCGGUGAACAGCCGCAGCACACCAUUCUCUGCAAAUGAAGGCAAUGAGAUCUUAGACCUGGAGGGUGAUAUGUACCUGGGGGGUUUGCCCGAGGCACGCCAGCGCCUCAUCCUCCCCCCAGAAGUCUGGACGGCCCCCCUCAACCUGGGCUACGUGGGCUGCAUGCGGGACCUGUUUAUGGAUGGGCGGAGCCGGGACCUGAGGAGACUGGCAGAGAUCCAGAGUGCCUCUGGAGUCAGCAGCUUCUGCACCAGGGAAACACACAUCAGGUGUGGCAGAGACGUCUGUGGCAACGGUGGGCAGUGCCGCGAGGGCUGGAACCGUCAUGUGUGUGAUUGCACCAGCACGGGCUACCUGGGUCCCAACUGUGAGAGCGAGGCCACGGUGCUGAGCUAUGAUGGCAGCAUGUACCUGAAGGUGACACUGCCAGUCAGCAUGCACACGGAGGCCGAGGACGUGGCGCUACGCUUUAUGUCCCAGAGGGCCUUUGGGCUGCUGUUGGCCACCACCUCCCAGGACUCAGCUGACACCCUGCGUCUGGAGCUGGAAGCGGGCCGGGUAAAACUCACCGUCAACCUGGAUUGUAUCAGGAUAGACUGUAACCUCAGUAAAGGCCCAGAGAUGCUGUUAGCAGGACAGAAGCUGAACGACAAUGAGUGGCACUCAGUGAAGGUGGUACGUCUUGGGAAGAACCUGCAGCUCUCUGUGGACAAUGUGACUGUGGAAGGCCAUAUGGCCGGUGCCCACACCCGCCUGGAGUUCCACAACAUUGAGACUGGCAUCAUGACAGAGAGACGAUUCAUCUCUGUGGUGCCAACCAACUUCAUAGGGCACCUGCAGGCCCUCUCCUUCAAUGGCGUGCCCUACCUGGACCAGUGUAAGAACGGAGACAUCUCCUACUGCGAACUCAACGCCCGCUUCGGCAUGCGCCGCAUCGUGGCUUACCCUGUGACUUUCCACAGCCGGGCCAGCUACCUAGCCUUCUCUACCCUGCAGGCCUACGCCUCCAUGCACCUCUUCUUCCAGUUCAAGACCACCUCCCCCGACGGCCUGCUCCUCUUCAACUGUGGAGACGGCAAUGACUUCAUCAUGGUGGAGCUGGUCAAAGGGUACAUCCAUUAUGUGUUUGACCUGGGUAACGGACCGUCACUCAUGAAGGGCAACUCUGAGAAGCCUCUCAACGACAAUCAGUGGCACAACGUGGUGGUGUCCCGGGAUGACAACAACGUACACAUCCUCAAGACCGACUCCCGCACCGUCACCCAGCACUACAACGGAGCCCGUAACCUGGACCUCAAAGGGGAGCUGUAUGUUGGUGGUGUGGGGAAGACCAUGUACAGUAGCCUGCCCAAGCUGAUCGCGUCCCGCGAUGGGUACCAGGGCUGCCUGGCCUCCGUGGACCUGAACGGGAGACUUCCUGACCUGAUGGCAGACGCCCUCCACAGGGUGGGCCAGGUGGAGCGGGGCUGUGAAGACCCGAGCAGCACCUGUACAGAGGACUCGUGUCAUCACCAGGGGGUGUGUCUCCAGCAGUGGGAGGGCUUCUCCUGUGACUGCACCAUGACCUCCUAUGGAGGAGCAUUCUGCAGUGACCCUGGGACCACGUAUAUCUUUGGGAGAGGAGGAGCCCUCAUCACGUACAUCUGGGCCCCUAAUGAGAGGCCGAGCACCAGAGCUGACCGCCUAGCUGUGGGCUUCAGUACUCAACAGAAAGACGCCAUCUUGGUCAGAGUGGAGAGCACCAGUGGACUGGGAGACUACCUGCAGCUGCACAUAGAACAAGGAAAGAUCGAUGUGAUCUUCAACGUGGGGACAGAUGACAUCACCAUUGGCGAGCCGGCUGUCAUAGUUAGCGAUGGCAAGUACCAUGUUGUGCGCUUCACACGCAGCGGUGGCAACGCCACCCUCCAGGUGGACAACCAACCUGUCAUGGAACGCUACCCACCAGGGAACUUUGAUAAUGAGCGCCUGGCUAUUGCUAGACAAAGAAUCCCAUACCGACUUGGUCGGGUAGUUGACGAGUGGCUACUCGACAAAGGACGACAGCUGACCAUCUUCAACAGCCAAGCAGCGAUAAAGAUCGGGGGUCAGGAUAAGGGCCGGCCGUUCCAGGGCCAGAUCUCUGGUCUCUACUAUAACGGCCUGCAGGUGCUUAAGCUGGCGGCAGAGAGUGACCCCAGUGUCCAUGCUGAGGGGAACCUGAGGCUGGUGGGAGACUCACUGUCAGUGCUGACCACUGAGACCACCUCCACCACCCCACUGGCUGUCUCCGACAUGUCCACCACCAUCAUGGAGACCACCACCACCAUGGCCACCACCACCACCCGCAGGCAACGCUCCCCCAGCAUGAGGGAGAGCAUCUCCCAGUCUCAGAACUCGGAUGACAUCUUGGUGGCGUCUGCUGAGUGUCCCAGUGAUGACGAGGAUCUGGAGGAGUGUGAGCCUGGAACAGGAGGUGAAUUAGUGUUGCCUAUAAUAACAGUGGAUUCCCUUGAGCCCCCAUCCAUCGCCACCCGUCACCCUGCUUUCCCCCCUCCUCCCACCUCCCUGUCCCCACUUGAGACCACCAAAGAGUCCCUGAUGCUGUCCAACCCUCACCCUCCCUGCCCCUCGGACCAGGAGGACUGCGGUGACCCUGUGGAGGUCUCAGCCUUUGGUUCGGGGGAGUUGACGGAAUCAGAUGACGAGGACUUUUACAAAAACUCCCCCCUGGUCACUGACAGGACAGUCCUGCCUCCUCCUCCCCCCGCCGCUGGUGAGGGCCGGGCCCAGAAACCCCAUAAUCCCCGCCCCCCUCUUUCCGCUCCCACCACCAACCCUGACCAGCUCCACAUCCCCGCGGGCAAAAUGAACACCCGUGACCAGGUGCUUCUGCCCCCCGUCCCUCCAUCAUCUCGGAAUACACCAGGACUAACUUACCCCCCCAAUUUCCCCCAUGUGCCCACAGCCGACCCUACAGCCCCUGGUGAGAAGAUCAUAUAUCCCGGCCUGGUGGAUAGGAUCGGGGAGUCCAGUAGCACCACAGGGAUGGUGGUUGGCAUUGUGGCAGCUGCUGCCCUCUGCAUUCUCAUCCUCCUCUACGCCAUGUACAAGUACCGCAACCGUGACGAGAGCUCCUACCGGACGGACCAAGGACACAGCUUCAUCAACAACCCAGUUGCUGAGGGCAACGGGGCCAUGGUCAAGCUAGAGAAGACACCAAGUAUAACGGCUACAGUAGCCAAGGCUGUCACCAAGGGCAACAAGAACAAACAAAAAGAGUAUUACGUCUGAGAGAGGGAAGAAGAGAGAAGGAGAGCAAGAGAGAGAUAGGCUAGAGGAAAAUCAUGGAAAGGAGGUUCUCCCAAUUAAAAUUCCACAUUAUCCACUAGAUAAACAUCCAAAGUUUAGGGGGUAAUUGUUACAUUUGUGCUUCAAAAACUAACAAAAAAAACAACUUGCCACCAGUAUUUUCAUAGUUCCAGGUAAAUUAUAUAUUUUUCAUUUCUAUCACAUACCAAGUACUGUAUUGGUUAACAUACAAUUUCAUACUGGAUUAGAAGCCUAUCCAUUUGCUGUCUUUGUAUAUAGCACCCCACCUAUCAACUGUAUGGUUAUGGUUCACAGUGAAAACUAAGCUGAGACCAUUGUACUAUAGAAAAGACCAUUGUACUAUAGAAACAGAUUUGCAUGAAUGUCAGUUCUCAAGAAUCUCAAGUCUCUCUGUCUUCUAAUAACGUCAGAGGUACCGGUGUGUACCGAUUGGUCAUUAUGGUAAAUAACAACAGAGCAACCCAAUAGCGUUUACUAGAAUAAACAAAAGCCAUACCCAUACUUGGAGACUGAGUGACCCACCUUCUCAGCAGACUAGUCUACCCCAUUUUGUUUUAUCCCGUGUUAACAACUUUCCACUCAGUCUAUCUCUCUGGUUGUCCAUGGUGAAAUGUUGAUGGUUGAAUAUCAUUGAACCAUGUUUUAAGCAUAAUUAUGUAUUUCUUUCCACAUGGAAAAUACAGGUUUUCAAAAGUAAUAUACAAUUCACAGCUUAAUUUAGCCAACAACCCCUCUAUCUGGAUGAAUGAGAUGAGCCAGAUUCUCUCAUCUCUGUGUGAGGAGAGAUCUACAGAGAUCUACAGUGUGUCAUUCCAUCCAGGAGGAAGUUCCUCAAAAUGCUACUGUAGCAAAGACAUUGCUCUGUAAACAUUUUUGUAUGUAAAGACGUCUUGGGAUUGAAAAAGCUUUGCUCGUCUGUUCUCUGGAGUACAUAGACUAACAGGCAUGAAAAAUACACUUCAUGUGAGAGAUGUUCUGUCUCCACGGUUACCACUGUCAACACUCCAGCCAGAUCCCCCAUGAGGGAGAAGUAGAGAGUGAAUAUGAAAGGGAGCUUCAGGACACAGAUUCACUUUUGAAGAACUUUUUCUAGUGGUUCCUGGGGAGGGGGAGAUGCCCAACCUUGUGUCAAGAGGCUGGCUUUCCCUUCCUUCUUCAAUAUUGACACAACAACUGGAAAGGCACAAACAGUAGAAACAUAUCUUUGAGAGAUAAACAAGUGUUUCCUUAGAAAGCAAACUGAACAUGUAUUCUGGUUUUUAUAUCCAUGAAUAAAAUACUAUUCUGUCAGACACAUUAUUGAAGGUUUGUGAAUUGUAUAGCUAUUUCUCAGAUAUUUUGGUGUUUCUCUUGUUAGCAUUCCUCUUUAACAAAAUAAGGAGUUCAGUUGUUUAUGUUGCCUUUUAUAAUCAGAUACAGAUUUGUCUAUGAUGAGACAACAUUGUCUGACUGCAGAAACCCAUAUUCAGCAUUUUCUUUUUCAAUGUUGAAUGGCAUUACAUUUCCGUUAAGGACUGGUUAGUGAUUGUAUGUAAACGUUUCAAGAGAAAACACAAAGGAUGAUGUGUACUUUGGUUUUUCUUGGUUCUUCAUUUUACGUACAUAGAAAAACAUGUCUCUCUUUGUCUGUCGUGUUGACAUUCUCUCCGUUGUAUUAUGUUAAUAUUUCCCAUUUCUGGGAUUUCCUCGUAUUCUUUUAUGAAGUGCCAUUUAACACUGCUCCAGAGUAUAUUCCUGUCCUCACUCAAUGAUAUUGUAAAGUGUUCCUGUGAAAUGAAUCUUAAUAUGUGUACAGUACAUUGACAGAGGGGAAAUACACUUGGUAAUAUACUUUGUAUA